UUCGUGCGGUACACGGCUGCCAGGUGUGUGGAGGGUGCAUAUACUAGCAUAUACGCCGUUACCGUUGCGUGCAUAGCCACGACGGUCAGCGGCCGUGUAAAGUCGCGCUUUGUUAUGAGAUCACCACAACGGGCAGGAUUGGGCGAUGAUACUGAAUCGCCGAUUAGCGUCGCCGUGUCUUCUCGCGGCUCGACGUUAAAUUUCCUUCCCGGUGCUGGCCUAGCGUGUAUUCCCACAAUUGAGAGCUAUACGUACGUAUAAUCGUGCGUGCCAUUUGGCUUGCACGAAGUGUCGCGCGUAAGAGCAACGUUCGCCGUUCGCGGGCGUUUGUUUCACCGUUUGCGGUAUCGAGUUCACGCAACGCAUUGCGAAAAGGAACCGUUGUCGUUGUAACGGUUGUCAUUGUCAGUGUCACCGUCGAAAUGCCACUACUACGCAAACAGCCGUUUCAGCGGCUUCACGUUUCGUCAGACUUUCGGGAUGACGACGAAGUGUAUCAUUGCGAGGUUACGAACGAGAUAUUCAAGAAUUACAAUGAAUUUUGUGAGCGAAUUAUCUUGUGUAACUCACUUAUAUGGUCGUGCAGUAUCACAGGUAGGACUAAUAUGACAUUUGAGGAAGCUUUACAAUGCGAAGAGAAUGCAAAAAGGAGUUUAAAGGAAUUUCCAAUGGAGCUGAGAAUUCCUAUACUAUACCUUGCUAGUAAAACAUUUAGGUCCUCUUUUAAUGAGAUGAUUGAAGAUGUUUAUCAAUUUGCAAGAGAUCGCUAUUUUGUAGGAGAAAUGGUAGAGGCUAGUUUUACAGAAGAUUCUUGGUGUAACUGUCAUGUUCUUCAAGUCAUUAUACCCACAGAACAGCAAAUUAAGGCAUACAUGAAUGAAAAUGGCAGAAGUCUACAAGAACAUUAUUACCAUCCACCGGCAAAAUUAUUUCGCUACGAAGUAGAACAAUUGGAUUCUGGAGAUACUGAUAUCAGUGAGAUUAUGAUAGUAGAAGCAUCUCAGGUCAGACGACGAAAGCAGCAUUACAGCAGAGAACGUAACAAGAUAUUUCUUCGUCAACUUUGUGAACAAAAUAGUAGCGGUAUAUGGAUUGUUAAAGAAAACGUUUUGGAAAAGUAUGGAAUUAGCAAAGUACGUUUUGACACCAUAUUUGCUGGAACAUUGCCAGAUUUUACAGUGCGUGUAAAAAAAUCUGUCAAACAUAAGCAGGAAUCCAUAGACAAAUAUCUCACUUCAGGUGUGUCGAAGCAGAAAUCACUUGAGAAAAUGGAUCCUCUGAAAAAAGUUAACGAGAGUGGAAAAGUUAAUAACACUAGUGCGGCGAAGAAAUAUCGAAAACCGAGAAUGAAUGGCAAGCAUAGAGAAGAACUUAAAGCGAAAGCUUUGGAGGAGAAAGCAAAGCGUAAAGAAGAAAGGGCGCUGAACAGUGAGCAUAAAAAGGAGAAAAAGCAGAAGUUGGCGGCUUUGGCUGCAUACGUGAGACAAUGGAACAAACCAAGAGAAGAUCUCGAGUGCGAAGAUCUAUGCCUCAUUCCUGAGCCCACCGUUAUUAAAUGCAGCAUACCAAAUGAGAAAUUUGGAGAUUUUGCUAUGAUAUCGGAAUUUCUUCAAUUUUUUAACGAAGAAUUGGAAGUGUCUGUGUAUUUUCCGGGAGGGUUCAAUUUAGAAUUAUUGGAAAAGGCGUUAUUAACCGAAGAAGCAUCCGGUCCUUGGAGUGAUCUUUUACAACUGCUAUUAUCAAAUGUAUUUAAAUAUCAAGCGGGAGAGGACAAUGAAGUUAAUGCAGAAACAUCUACUUCGCUGGAUGACAUUAGUCGUUACGAAGAUGCAUCAUCAAUGACAAAAGCUAUCAAACUCGCUACGAUGGCUUCUAGAUGGUGCGCGACUUAUCAGGGAUGCAAGUUAUCAGAACUUACGUUAGAUCACGUAACCCUCAGUGAAAUUUUAAGGCAACAUCUUUUAAGCUCUGGAGGACGUAUAAGUGAAGCCGCUUCUAAAUGGCGAUAUUCUCAGAAAGGUGGCUAUACAAACAUUGAUGAGCCAGCGCUUCUUUUAAGAACAAAUGAGAGUUACAUGUUACGAUUCUUGGGACACCGAAAUGUUUGCGAGCUUAAUUUGGAUGACAAAAUAAAGAUUGUCAUAUGUCUAAUCAAUCAGUUACUUACAUUUGCCUCGAUACGUGACGCAAUUGAGGAGCGGUAUGAUAAAUUACAUCAAGCAAAGAGAGAAUUGAAGCUGUUUAUGAUUGCUGAACAGAAGAAGGAGAAGGAAGAAAAAGAAAAAAUGCGGGAGCGUGAGAAGGAAGGAAAAGUCGAAGAAGAGGAGCCAAAGCCGAAAAAGAUCACGCGUGGUAAUGACGAAGAAAGGAAAAGAGAAGAAUAUGAAAACAAGCUAAAGGAGCUGCAGCAAGCUGUAAAGGAUGACACAAUGAUGCUCUAUUUGGGCGCAGAUAGAGCUCACCGUAGAUAUUGGAGAUUUACAUCGAUACCAGGAGUAUUUGUAGAAAAUGAUGAACGCUGGCCUGGAAACUGUCUUCCAGAGGGCACUCCGCACCAUCCAGAGUUGCAAGAUAAGGAGGCAACAUAUGCAUAUCUAAAAAAUAAAUUUGAGGACGAGUUUAGCGACAAGGAAAACAGUUUCAAAAAAUCAAAAAAAUCGCCCAAGAAACUUCUGUCUUCGGAUAAAAAUGGCGUCAAAUCACCACGAAAGGAAACAAGUCCUCGAAAAGAAUUUAAGCAGGAUCUCAUGAACAUUAAAAGGAACUUGCUAUUGUGUACGGGAGAUAAAGACUGCCCUGUUCAUUGCGAGAGAUCAACAAUUAGAUGGAGUUUUUACGGAAACCAAGAGGAUAUUCAAGCAUUAAUAAACAGUUUAAGCACAAGGGGCAUCAGGGAAAGCGAACUUAGAAACAAUCUCGUACAAGAGAUGGACAGCUUGCUCCUUGUUAUCAAUGAAUGCCCUAACCACAAAUUAAAUCCCGAUGUUUUUCCAGAUUCCAGUAAAGCGCAAAAUAAGACAAAUAAGAAGAACAAAUACGAGAAUGCAAACUUGAACUUUCCUCCCGGCAUGCCGAUCGACGAAGUGAUGGAAAUGACUCUGAGAGAUCAUAUUCUGGACUUCGAAGAUAAGAUCAACGCUGGUUGUUUGGGACACUUGAAGAUUACCGAUCGCGCGACCUGGAGAGACGCGAUCAAUAAGAGAAGUUACGACAAACAAUGCGACAAAUUGAUAUCUGCCGGUACUGAGAUCGAUAUAGACACAGCCGCUAAUAUUAUAACGGACAAGAUAAAGAGCGAGUCCAAGCAUAGUAGACCCGGCACCCCAGACUCCGAAGUCGGCAGUAUUAGCAUAAAGACUUACAAGGAUCCAGGAAUGUACUUAGGUCUGCCCGGUGAAGACGAAAUGUUGCCAGAGCAAAAGCAGCAGGCAACUAUCAAACAGAUGGCUUGUGCUAUUCUGCAAUUGUCCCUUGCUAUAGAACAGAGAUAUCUGCAGAGACCAUUGGGGCCCGAUCAGAAGGAUAAGAAAUGGUCGGGCGAGGAGGCACGAGAGAGAUGGGAGCAAUCGCUUCUAGCAUCGACAAGUUGGUCGCAGUUGUUCGUUCAUUUGAGCACUUUGCACAAUAGUGUGGCAUGGUACAAAAGUGCAUUGAACGCACAGUGUCGCAUAUGUCGAAGGCGCAGAGACGCGGAGAACAUGCUGCUUUGCGACGGAUGCAACAGAGGACAUCAUCUUUAUUGUCUGAAGCCGAAGCUUACUGCUGUACCAGCGGGAGAUUGGUUCUGCACAGCGUGCAAACCGCCGGAGAUAAAACCGAAGGAAAAAACUGAAAAGCGGAAAAGAUUUGAGGAUGAAAUCGAGGACGAAGGAAUAUUGACCAAAGAAACGCGGCACAACCGCGCAAGGCGCGGUGUACUUCCUAGCGACGACGAGAACGAACAAGAAGAUGACGAUGAUAAAGAAAGCGAGGAAGAUGUAAAUAUACGACCGGAAUACCUGUGCGUGUCGUGCAGAAGUGACGGUAAACUGAUCGCCUGCGAUACAUGUCCAAAUCGUUAUCAUCUGGAAUGCGUAGAACCGCCACUGUGGAGGGCGCCUAGAGGAAGAUGGUCUUGCUCUAAAUGCAAGGAUAAGAAAAAGAAUGCUACAAAAGUGAGGGGGCGCGAAAGGGAAAGAGACAAGGAGAGGCUGUGCGCAGCAGCAGCACGCUCUCGCAUCCAUGGCUUUGCCAAAAGCCUCCUCACUACAGAAUCUACAGACUGGGACGAUAGUAGCGCAUCGGAUGAUACUGAACCCAGACAAACGAGACGUGCGACGAAGCGAGCUGCCGAAAUCGAACACGAGGAAGACAAGAAUUCCGUGAAAGGAUCUAUGAUUAAAUUACAAGAUUUAUUGAACGACAUUAGGCACCACAGAGAUUCGUGGCCGUUCAUGUCGCCCGUUACGAAGGAUGAGGUUCCAGAUUAUCACGAUAUCAUUUCUAAUCCGAUGGACUUCGGAACGAUUAAGACUAAGCUCAGUAACGGCGACUACGAUGCGCUGGAUAAAUUCUUCGGUGAUUGCCAGUUGGUUUUCGAAAAUUGCAGGAUGUACAACAAGGAACAUAGUUCCGUGUAUAAUUACGUGUACAGGGCAGGUAUGCGGUUAUUCAAAUACUUCGAGAAACGCUGCAAAGAAUUAGGCUUGAACUUCGACGAAGAAUUGUUUCAAGAACCCGAGACUAAGAGAUUACGGUUGGAUGACGAUGUUGAAGAAAAUAGCGCGUCAGAUAGCGACGACGAACAGGAGGCGCAGAAGAAAAGAUAGAAGCGGAGUACAUAUAUCUCAGUGUAGCGCAGUGUACUCGUGAGAUUGAAAUCUGUGUGCUGCUCUCAUAAAUUUUAUAUAUUUUAAACACAGCACACGGACUCACUUAAUCGAUACCGAGUGGUAAGCGGAUUCCACAUGUAGUUCUUGGGACGUUUUGUAAAUUGUGUACUGAUUCUUUCUACAGUGAGUAAUAAGAAAUUGUGUCGAUAAUUCAAGGGAUAGUACAACUCUCUGAAAGGUUUAUUUUUGCAAAAAUUUUUUUCUACACGAUGGAAGAUUUAUUGUUUUUCUUUGAGCCGAUUUGUUCGAGGCUUCUUGUAAUAAAGAUGUACUCAGUAUUAUUUGCAGGAAUGCAUACGCAUACUUUUAGAUAUCGCACGUAUAGAACAUUUUAAAACGAACAUAUACAAUUAAUUAGUUCCACUUGCUUUGAUCAGUACAAGAGUAAUAACUAUUUUCUCUAUAAGUGUAAACAAGAAAAGAUUCUCAAUAUAUUCUCGCAUUGACAAUUAUUUAUUAUUAUUAUUUUAAUAUUAUUCGCAUAGAGUCAACAGCAUAUAUACUCUUCGCUGUAGUUAAAUUAAGCAACGUUAACUGUAUGGUGAAUUACAUUAUGCAAAUUUUGUUUUUCUCUGGAUAAUCUAUGCGCAAAUUUUUAUCAUAGAAUACGAGGAUAGCUUUCGGAAAACUCAUAAGAGAUAUAAGACGUUAUUCACAAAUUUGUUUGUAGAUCUUGACAAUAAAAUUGGAUACUUUUAUA